CGCUGCACUUAAAGCGCACAGCCUGCAGAGAGAGCAGGGUCUGCCUAUUUUUAGCCCCCCCCCCCUCCCCAAGUCAGCGCUCAAAUGGGGGGAAAUGACGCGGCGUGAAGGUUUCGUGAGGCCCAGCUCCCGAGUGACGGAACACGCGGUCCAGCACAACUCGGUAACUUUUUUUGAGUCCUCCACCGCUGACGAGUAGCGCCGCCAUGGCUGCCCAGUGCGACGCUUUGAGCGGAUACUUGCAGCAGCAACAGCAGCUGCAGUCGGACCAGGGCUCCAACAGCGAGCGCAGCGCAGACUCCCCUUUGCCGGGCUCCGAGGAGGAUCUGAAUGGACCCCAUCAGCUGCCCGAUCCGGAGUGGACGGAAGAGCGCUUCCGAGUGGACCGAAAGAAGCUGGAAUUUAUGUUGCUAGCCGCCUCAGAGGGGAGAGUCAACGGCGGGGAGGAUUUCUUUCAGAAGAUUAUGGACGAUACACAAACACAGAUUGCCUGGCCUUCCAAGCUGAAGAUCGGCGCAAAAUCAAAAAAAGAUCCACACAUCAAAGUGUGCGGCAAGAGGGAACACGUGAGGGACGCCAAAGAGAGAAUUAUGUCGGUGCUCGAUACAAAGAGUAACAGGGUGACGCUGAAGAUGGACGUUUCGCACACGGAGCACUCGCACGUGAUCGGCAAAGGCGGCAACAACAUCAAGCGGGUGAUGGAGGAGACGGGCUGCCACAUCCACUUCCCCGACUCCAACAGGAACAACCAGGCGGAGAAAAGCAACCAGGUGUCUAUCGCGGGGCAGCCAGGAGGGGUGGAGGCAGCUCGGGUUAAAAUCAGGGAGCUGCUCCCUCUCGUGCUGUCUUUCGAGCUCCCGGCCAUCAUGCAGUCGGACCCUAGCUCGCCGAGUGUGCAGGCCAUCUCGCAGACGUACAACCUCGCCGUGUCCUUCAAACCGCCCACGCGGCUCUACAGGGCCACCGGCGUGGUGCGCGGCUCCCAAAACAACGCCGUCAAGCGUGGCACAGCUCUGCUGCUGGAGCACCUGGCAGGCAGCUUGGUGAGCACCAUCUCGGUGAGCACCCACCUGGACAUCGCCCCCCAGCACCACCUCUUCAUGAAAGGCCGCAACGGCAGCAACAUCAAGCACAUCGCCCAGAGGACGGGCGCCCAGAUCCACUUCCCCGACCCCAACGCCCCCCAGAAGAAGUCCACCGUCUACAUCCAGGGCACCAUUGAGUCAGUGUGCCUCGCCCGUCAGUACCUCAUGGGCUGCCUGCCACUGGUGCUGAUGUUUGACAUAAAAGAGGACGUGGAGGUGGAGCCUCAGUGUAUCACGGCCCUAAUGGAGCACCUGGAUGUCUUCAUCAGUAUCAAACCCAAGCCCAAGCAGCCCAGCAAGUCUGUCAUCGUGAAGAGCGUGGAGAGGAAUGCCGUCAACAUGUACGAAGCUCGAAAGUUCCUGCUGGGCCUGGAGAGCAACGGCGUGUCUUGCUCCUCGCCGUCGGUGACCGUCAACCCGGCCCCUAACGGGCCCUCGCCGUCCCUCAUCUGUCCCGUUGGCCUGGACAUCUUGGCCUCAGCUGGUCUGGGGCUCAGCAACCUGGGCUUCCUGAGCGCUACGGCGUCCCACUCGCUGGCCAACUCUCUGGCCAACUCGGCCGCUCCCAACGCCGUCCUAAACACCUUAAACUCCUCCAUGAGCCCCCUGCAGACCCCCAGCACGCCUACGCCCUCGCUGUGGCCCAGCUCGCUCACCACUGCCCAAGCCUUCUCGUCCCAGUUGAUGCUACAUCCGGCCACCCACGCCACGCUGAGCAGCAUCCUGCUGUCGGGCGUGCAAGGCUACACACAGAACACACCCUCCCCUCCGCCGGGCCUGGCGCCCAUCGACAAGCAGCCCAACGGCGUCCCCGACUGCGCCAAGGCAGCCUGCGCUCUCAACGGCCACGUUAAGCAUCCGGCUUCAGUCUACGGGAGGAUAGCCACUGCUUCGCUUGCCGAAACAGUUCUGAGUCCGGCGCCAUGCGACUCCAUCCAGGAGGCCGGCGGACACAAUCCAUCGGAGCCUCUGUCCAGCAAAUCCAGCACCGAUGAAGGUUCGGACACCUUUGUGGAGGUAGGCAUGCCGAGGAGCCCCUCGCAUUCGGCCAGCGGCAGCGAGUUAAAGCAGAUGCUGGCCUCAUGCAAGACGUCGUCAGGAAAACGGCAAGCAGUGGAACUGCUACAGGGCACCAAAAAUUCUCACCUACAUUCCGAUUGUCUGCUGUCGGACGCUGAGUCAAGUUCGUCGGACAGUCCGGUUGCCGACAAGAGGGCGCCAGGCAGCGAGAGGGCGGCCGAGAGGGCGGCGCAGCUGAACGAGCGGGAGCGCAUCCGCUUGGCUCCGCAGACCUCAUUUGCUAACAUGCAGGCAUUUGACUAUGAACAGAAAAAGCUGCUGGCAACCAAAGCUAUGUUGAAGAAACCCGUUGUGACGGAGGUGCGGACCCCGACUAACACCUGGAGUGGUCUCGGUUUCUCCAAGUCCAUGCCGGCCGAAACCAUCAAGGAACUGAGGAGAGCCAAUCACGUGCCCUACAAGCCCAGCAUGAGCACCACCUUUGAGGGUUCCCCGCUGUCUCUGUCCCGCGCCGGCAGCCGUGAGGGCGUGGCUAACGGCAGCGACUCGGACAACUGGCGAGAGAGGAACGGUGCGUCCAACGGGCUGCAGCCCCACGUCGACUUCCCUACCGCUGUCAGCAGCCCCAAGAGGAAGCAGAACAAAUCGGCGGCUGAGCAUUACCUGAGCAGCAGCAACUACAUGGACUGCAUCUCUUCAGUGACGGGCAGCAACGGCUGCAGCCUCAAUUCCUCCCUCAAAGGUUCGGACCUGCCCGAGCUCUUCAGCAAGAUGGGCCUAGGGAAGUACACGGAUGUCUUUCAGCAGCAGGAGAUCGACCUCCAGACAUUCCUGACUCUGACCGACCAGGACCUGAAGGAGUUGGGCAUCACCACCUUUGGCGCUCGCAGGAAAAUGCUGCUGGCCAUCUCAGAACUGAACAAGAACCGGCGCAAGCUAUUCGAGCCCCCCAUCCGCUCAUCCUUCCUGGAAGGGGGCGCCAGCGGUCGCCUCUCUCGUCAGUUCCAUGCCGAGAUGGCCAGCGUCAGCGGCCGCUGGUAGACCCUCCCUUCCCGUCCCAUUUUUUAUCUUUUUUUUUUUUUUUGCUCGUCCGCCUCCCUCUUUCGGGCUCAGACUGUUGACAGCGGCAUCUUGUAAAAGCAUUCAGUUGGAAGCCAUAGUUUGCCAACCGACACACGGGGGGCGGCAUUCCUGAGGUCCAGCGUUUACUCCCUUUGAGUCGAUGUGAAGCAUUUGCGUGUUUCCAAGGCGACCCGAGUAUUUCAAGGGAACAGGCAGAAGGAUUCGUACAAUCAUUUUUACUCCACUGACACCGCUGCAGCUCUGUUGGUGACAUGCACUUUAAUUUUACGAGACUUUUGCCUGUGAACUCCUUCAUUGCUCAGAUCUAAAGAAGAAUAAUUACUAUGCAUUGGACUUAAAAAGCACAGAUGCCUUUUCUUUUUUUUUUUGUGCCAAGCCUAAUGUGUCAGCACUUAGCCGGCCAGCCUCGUUGGGGGUGGGAGGGCACGGCCAGACAAAGUGCAAAAGUAGGUCAGCGCCCCAAAGUGGACCGCUCGGUGGCGUGUACCAAAAAGGGAAAUGUUUAGAUUGAGAAGGUCCCUCCCAAGUGCCUCUUGAUGCUGUGCAGCUGUUGCGACAUCUCGCCAUCCUUUGCGUCCGUGUACUCUGUAGACCAAAUUUUGUACUCUUUUAUGUUUUUGUUUUUAACGACCAUGUUAGGGGAACGGGGCGGGAUGUAUAAUGUUAAUCAGUUUACAUUUUUGUUUAUUUUGUUUUUAUACAUUACGGAUGACCUAAUAUGAUUAUUUGCUAUUCUUAUUGUCAUUUUAUGUUUCUCAGUCUGUGGAGCGCUUUGAUGGCCGCAUCUGGUUGUUUAUAACACGGGCUUUUGCUUUUUUCUUCUUCUUUCCCCGCCGUAUGUUAUCUGUCAGCGUCGGCCUCUCGCCGGCCUCAGAAUCCCACAAUGCACUCCUCUGCCUUUGUCGCGGAGCAAGAACCUCACCACGGAACUUUUUGUAGCCUCAAGUGCCAGUUUUUUUUUUUUUUGGGCUUGAAGAAGGGACGUUUUUACUGCAUCUCACAGGGAACAUGAAAACUCAUUUGAAGGAACACAAAGAAACGCUCAAAUGUCCCCCGGUCAUAUUUUUGGGUCGUCUUGAUGCCCUUGAAUAUAGCGAGAGGAUUAGACGUCAUAAUUCUCAAGAUUUGAAGGCUGGAGUUGAAACCAAAGUGCAAUUAUGUGUCGUCAUGUUAAUAUUUGACAGUAUUACAAGUUGUUUUUUGUACAUGUGUAACAAAGUGCCUUUGGAAGUUGAGCGCCUGCAUCCAGAGCGUUGAAAUCCUGACGGGGAAAACCAGUAGAAAACGAAUAAGUGCCUUGCUCCGGUUUUAUUUUUUCUUCAAUUAAAUUUUAUCAACCACUUGGGCCUAUUUAAGCCAUGUGGUUGUUAGCAACACUACAGUGCAGUGAAUAAUUUUCUGAGUUUGCCGAUGUUUUAUGUUGUUUUUUUAUAUGGAAGUCUUGAAAAAUAGCAACGAGAAGAUGGAGCUUUAUCCCGAGGCACUACACCAGGGGUGGGCAAACUUUUUGACUCGCGGGCCGAACUGGGUUCUAAAUUUGGACCGGAGGGCCGGACAAGGAGCAGAUGGACGUAGGCGUUGUGUGAAGUCAUAUAAGCGACCUGUAAAGGUCAUUGCAUAAAAGAUCUUGGCCUUUAGUAGGUAGUAAAGCAUGGAUAUUCCAAACAAUUUUUUUGAAAACAAAUGCAUUUAUUAACAGCAUUAAAAAAAUAAUAAUUCACUAAAAAACUGCUAUCAGUGAUUCUCAUAAAAUACGACACUGUUAUUAUGAAUAACAAUCCCCAUCACUUCAGUGCCUGCAGGUCAGAUUAAUGAAAGAUGUUUAUCUUAUGAGAUCACAUCAAACGGCAAACAUUCUGACCAAAUAUAUCAUCUUGAAGAAUCGGUGAAAGCAUACAUCCAAAUAAAGUAAUCAAAACAGCAACACGGUGAGGGGUAUCUGAAAAUCAGAGCAGAGUUUUAACUCGCAAACACCUGGUAACAGAGGUGAGGAAACGGGAAACACCUCCUUAAAGUAAGCCUUAAGAACUUUACAGGUUAAGAUUAGUCGCAAAUAGGUGGUGCAUCAAUGUCCUUGAGCAUCCUGCAUUGUUUGAAAAUGAGAAUGGUCGCUAGUUUCAAUCCCUGCUAUGUGUACAAAUCAUAUUCAAAAUGCAUUUUUUUACAAUAAACUUGAGAGCCUCCCGUUCAUUUUCAGUGGGAACAGUGUUGUUGGUGUCCCUUUUUUGCUAGUGCGUCAUAGUCUGGAGUAAAAUUUGUUGUGGCAAUUCUUAGGCGAGAUCGGAGGUGUUGGUCCGUUUACCUUGAUCUGUGACGGGUUGAUGUUGAUGUGGCUGAACGUCACGUCGCGUACGUCGAGCCAAAUUGUCCACUCUUUUUUAACAUUCGGCACUCACUUCUUUUUUUCGGGCCACUCAUUUUAAUGGAAGGAUUCCAGGGGAAGGUUUGUGGGUGGCUUUAGCGCAAAACUGCAUCUGAAAGCUCAGCGCGCGAAUUAUAAGAAUGCUGUCGUCAAAGCCCACGCUCUAAAUUCGGGACUGAUACGAAUAGAGCGAGAGUGCGCCAAGUCCGUACUACUGAGUACGUACACGCACUUGUGAGUGUGCACCGAGCUUUCUGACACGGCUUCCGGUAGUAAAUGCGCAGGCGAGCGCUUCGCCAUCUACUGGGAAAACGCAGUCAUUGCAGGCAAAAUGACCAAAAAAAAAAAGUUUAAUAAUACAAUUUGUUCAGGGUUGGCGGGCCGGAUUAAACGGUCCCGUGGGCCGGAUGUGGCCCGCGGGCCGUAGUUUGCCCACCCCUGCACUACACGCAAAGUGUUUGGUUCUCGUCUUAACCGGUGAAUGUUGUUGAAAAAAAGAAGCGCUUUAUCGAAGCUCUGAGCUUUUCAUGUUUUUCGGCGAAUCGUGAAGGACUUGAGGGACUUGUCCUGUCCAAGGAAAAAGAAAAAAACGUUUACUUGCAACUCCUCACAAUAAAUCGCACAGCCUUCAGUGGGAUGCCAAAAAAAAGGUUUUUUUAUUGGAAACCAUUUUUGUAGUCCAGUUCAGCGGUACAUUUAAACAACAAUUGUCAAACCACUAAAAGAAUUCUCUAACAUUUGUGUGACUGAACAAUUAUUUUUUGUGUUAGGAAAAGCUACAGUUCUGCACCAAAGGAUUUGUGCAUUGUGGCCAAAAAGCUUUUGUUAUUCCAGUUGUCUUAUUGUUUAUUUUGAUAGUCAGGCAUAAAAAAAAUUGUUCAAACAUUGAUAUUUUGAAGGCAAUAAAUAUAUGCAAAAUA